AUGAUGAAGUCACUGGCCUUUGUGGCCGCCCUUCUGGGCGCCGUCACGGCCUCGCCAACAAUGGCCCGUCAUGAAGAGCGAUCACUCGAGCCUCGAGCCAACACAUCCUUCUGGUAUGCUGCCAUGGACCACACCGGCCAGUACAAGGGCUAUGCUCCCCACACGACGAGCCCCAGCUCGUACAACGUCUUUGUUGCUGUAAAUGCAGGCGAUGCUGGCUCUCUGCAGAGUGCCAUCGACUCGGCCGGCAGCGGCAACCGACAGAAUGAAUGGCUGGCAUCUCAGCCCCGAGUUGUGUAUAUUCCCCCGGGAACCUAUACGCUGUCCAAGACGCUCAACAUGCGCACCGACACCAUCCUCAUGGGCGAUGCCACCAACCCUCCCAUCAUCAAGGCUGCGUCUGGCUUCAGCGGCAACUAUCUUGUCAACGGCCAGGAUCCCUCCACAGGCGUCUCCGGCGAGCUCUCGUUUGCAGUUGGCUUGAAGAACUUGGUCCUGGACACCACGGCCGUCAGCGGAACCUCCAGCAUCUCUGCUCUUUACUGGGGUGUUGCUCAGGCUGCUCAGCUGCAGAACGUCAAGAUUGUUCUUGCGCCCUCCAGCGGCGGCAAAGGUCACACUGGCAUCCAGCUUGGCCGUGGAUCUACUCUUGGCCUUGCCGACGUGCGAAUUGAGAACGGCCAGAACGGUAUCUGGCACAAUGGCCACCAACAGGCUCUCUACAAGAGCAUCUACUUUUACAAGAACACGAUUGGCAUGCUCAUCAGCGGAGGCAACACCAUUACUCUGCUGAACCCGACCUUUGAUACUGUCGGCACUGGUGUUUCCAACACUGGCGGCAGCCCCUUUAUCGGCAUUGUCGAUGCCAAGUCCAUCAACUCGGGCGUUACCUUCAGCACCACUGUCUACCCUUCGAUCGUCAUCGACAACCUGACCAAGGACACCGCCUCCGAUGUCGUCGUCCUCCGCGGCACAACGGCUCUCAAGUCGUCCAGCACCGUCGUCAACUACAGCUACGGAAACACCGUCGGCCGCAGCCCCAUCUUCGGCGCCGUCUCCAGCACCGCUGCCCGUCCGGCCGGCGUUGCCCCCGGCGGCCGCAUCCCGGCCGUUGUUGUGCCCAACUACGCUCAAAACCCAGUCACCGACUUCGUCAACGUCAAGGAUCCAAGCCAGAACGGCGGGCAAACGGUCAAGGGCGAUGGCAGCACCGAUGAUUCGGCUGCUCUCAACAAGGUGCUCCAGUUUGCCGCUUCCAACAACAAGAUUGCCUACUUCCCCUUUGGCGACUACCGCGUCCUGUCCACUCUCGUCGUUCCCGUUGGCUCUCGUCUUGUUGGCGAGGCUUGGGCGACCAUCUCCGGCGGCGGAAGCUUCUUCAAGGACGCCUCCAACCCCAAGCCCGUCGUCCAGAUCGGCAAGGCCGGCGAUGUUGGCGUUGCCCAGCUGCAGGACUUCCGCUUCACCGUCUCCGAUGUGCUCCCCGGCGCCAUCAUCGUGCAAUUCAACGCCGCCGGUAGCAAGGCCGGCGAUGUUGCGCUGUUCAACUCGCUCAUCACCGUCGGUGGAACUCGCGGCGCCGAUGGCCUGACCAACACUUGCGGCAAGGCCAAUGCCGAGUGCCAGGCUGCCUUCCUCGGCCUCCACUUCACCCAGACCUCGUCAGCCUACGUCGAGAACACCUGGAACUGGGUUGCCGACCACAUCACCGAGGGCUUCAGCGGCGGCUCCAACAUUGCCGCCAAGGGGGGCGCCUUGGUCGAGUCGACAAAGGGAACCUGGCUGCAUGGCCUCGGCAGCGAGCACUGGUGGCUGUACCAGCUCAACCUUCGCUCUGCCAGCAACGUCGUUGUCUCUAUGCUCCAGAGCGAGACCAACUACGACCAGGGUGACAACACUCAGCAGGUUCCUCCCGCUCCCUGGAAGGUCGAUGUCAACGGCUGGGGCGAUCCUGACUUCUCCUGGUGUGACAGCACUGCCCGUUGCCACAUGGGCCUUGCCAACUAUGUCCAGGGCGGCUCUAACAUCUACUACUACGGCUCUGCUUCUUGGGCCUUCUUCAGCGGCCCGGGAUACCAGGGUUGCGCUUCUGGCGGUUACCAGUGCCAGGACUACAUGCACGUCAUCAAGACUACGCCCACCAACCUCCAGAUGUACGGCAUGUGCGCCAAGGACACCAAGGUUGCUCUUCGCCUGGCUGACGGUACCAACAUCAAUGCCCAGCCCGACUUUACUGGAGGCUGGAACCCUGGUAGCGAUGUUGGCCGCUACACCUCGUAG